AUGAAAGGCACUGUCUUUAUCGAAGGUACAGCCGCCGGCCCUCUUUUGUUUGCAGAUCUCGGCCUCAGUUUCAUGGGCGGAGUCGACCCAUCUACAGGAGUUGUAACUGACACCCACCAUCCGUUGCGAGGACAGUCAAUUACUGGCAAUAUAUUGGCUAUACCCAGUGGACGAGGCUCAUGUGCCGGAAGUCUCGUCAUUUUCGAAUUGUUGACCAAUGGACACGCCCCAAAAGCUUUCCUUUUUCGUCGUAAAGAAGUAAUUCUUACUUUGGGGGUCAUGAUCGCCAACGAACUGAUGGGGCUCGGCAUACCAAUCGUUUGCCUCGAAGAGGAGGAUUUCAAUAUGCUGGGACUGUACCCGGAAGCCAUCAUCCAAGGUCGCACAAUAUCAGUAUUUGACGGAUCGAAGGAUUUCCAAUUGAGUCAUUAUGAUCAAGCAUGCCUGGACGGUAAGCACGGUGAGGCGGUUCGUGUCGCAACCCGAAUAGUCAUCCGCGCUGCUCAACUGGAGGGAUCAAACACCUUGAUUGAUGUGGACAUGGCACACAUUGACGGCAACUUCUAUCAAGGUCCCGGAAGCCUACUUUUCGCACGACGCCUUGUCGACAUGAGCGCUCAUGUCAAGAUUCCGUCCACCAUGAACGCGAUAUGUAUCGACCGUAAACUCUGGAGAGAUCAAGGAGUCCUCGAAGCAUUAGGCCUGCCGUCUGAGGAACUUGCUGAAUGUUACGUAAAGAUGGGUGUCAGAGGGACCUACACAUGUGCACCUUACCUUCUCGAUGAAGCACCUCUGUUUGGGCAACAGAUCGCUUGGGGAGAGUCAAACGCAGUGGUGUUUGCUAACUCAGUGCUCGGCGCAAGAACACUCAAAUACCCUGACUAUCUUGACAUACUGGUAGCUAUAACAGGCCGUGCUCCAUAUGCGGAUUGCCAUGUAACUUCGAUGCGAAAAGCUACGACUUGUAUUGUUGUGAGCGUGGCAGCGGUUGAUGAUUCCUUCUGGCCACUCCUGGGAUAUCAUGUUGGGAAAAUUGCAACCAACGACAUCCCAGUCAUAUGUGGGCUUGCAAAUCUUACCGUGGACGCUGAUGAUUUGAGAGCAUUUGGAGCGGCCUUUGCAACAACUUCGGCAGCAGCCAUGUUUCACAUUGUUGGGAUCACGCCCGAGGCUUCCACUGUCGAGGAAGCGUGUUUAGGACAACAACCGACCCGGCAUGUUGAGAUAGGACCUACAGAGCUGGAGGAAACCUGGAGGGAGCUCAACACUUCCAUCAGCGAUGAUGUAGACCUCAUUGCCCUUGGCAACCCUCAUUUCUCGCUCACGGAGAUAGGGCGCUUGGCAUACUUGUGUAUGGGUAAAAGAAUUGCGCUCAACACAUCCAUGGUGGUUACCUGUGGUGAGACAGUCUUUGAAAAGGCAAGCAAGAAGGGAUUCGUACAAACGAUCAAUGAUUUCGGCGGGACGUUUCUCAAUGAUACGUGUUGGUGCCUCAUUGGAGAGCCCGUUGUGGAGCGCCGUGUUAAGAACAUCGUUACGAAUUCCGGGAAGUAUGCACACUACGGACCGGCAGCAGUGCAAAAGGGUUUCCAUUUCGGUAGCUUGGAACGGUGUGUAGAUGCCGCAUGCACCGGUUCGAUUGAUAGAAGUUUACCAAUAUGGCUUCUGUCAAUGAAAUGACUGCUUCAAAGUACAUUCGCUUACUUCAAGUGUCAGGCGCAUAGCUUCCAUUGAGUCGACGAUGAUAGUGUGCUAUCUUAGACAUGAAAUUUUUUCUGGUUCCGUAGAAUCUUCCAAUUCUACCUCUGUUCUAACCCUUAC